GUUGACUCCCCAAAAUGCAGAUCUUCGUCAAAACCUUAACGGGUAAGACCAUCACCCUCGAGGUCGAACCUUCUGACACUAUAGAAAAUGUUAAAGCCAAGAUACAGGACAAAGAGGGAAUUCCCCCAGACCAGCAACGUCUCAUCUUCGCUGGAAAACAGCUCGAAGAUGGCCGUACCUUAUCUGACUACAAUAUUCAGAAGGAAUCCACCUUGCACUUGGUGCUCCGAUUGAGAGGUGGUGCCAAGAAGCGUAAGAAGAAGAAUUAUUCUACUCCCAAGAAGAUUAAGCAUAAGAAGAAGAAGGUCAAGUUGGCAGUAUUGAAGUUUUAUAAGGUUGACGAAAAUGGUAAAAUUCACCGAUUGAGGCGUGAAUGCCCAGCAGAGCAGUGCGGUGCUGGUGUUUUCAUGGCAGCCAUGGAAGACAGGCAUUAUUGUGGAAAGUGUGGAUACACACUAGUGUUUUCCAAACCUGGAGAUGAAAAAUAGACAGUAGACUUUUAAAAUUGUUUA